CUGAUACGGAAGAUGCUGAUACUACGGAGGAUCCGCUGAUACGAGCCGGUGAUACGGAGGAUCCGCUGAUACGAGUCACUGAUACGAGGCUGCUGAUACGGAGGAUGCUGAUACUACGAGUAUUUUCACGACGAUUUUUCGCUGUUGCUUAGAUCUAGUGUUUCUUCUAAACCACUCAGUCAAUCAAUCUGAGACUUCCGGAUCCCCCUCUCCUUGUUUUAAUGAAGAGGUCUUGUAUGUCAAUCGCGCUGUUAGUGUUGGUUAAAGUGUUGAACUAAAGAGGUGACAGGUCCCUAUGCUGGAGGUUGAUUUAAUGAGUUUUUCGGAAAUUUCGGUGCGCAGAGGAAUCAACAAGCUCUCUACAAAAUUCACAUAGCAAUGUGCACAUCAAAGUGAAGAGAAAGGAAAACUCUUUCCGACUAAUGGAUUCUCUAAAUCUGAUUGGUCCUUUGCUAGCACUAACAAGCAUGCAAAGCUUGCUCCUGGUUACUAAAAAUGGCUCGCGAAAACUUGACUCAUAACCUGUUAUAAAUCGGUACCAACGGUACAUGUGUUGAAUUCUUAAUUUUUGAAUCCCGCGACCAAAUAGUUUCGCUACUUUGUCUGGCCUUUGAAUCGAACGGACGAAGCGAUGCAAAGCUACUAGGUCUGGGGGUUGAGUCGAACAACGGACAAAGCAAUGCUCAAAGCUCCCAGGUCAGGGUGGGAGUCGAACAAGGGAGAGGGCAGUCGAACAAAGGAUAUAGCAACGCGCAAAGCUCUCAGGUCUGGGAGGGAGUCGAACAACGGACAAAGCGAUGCUCAAAGCUCCCAAGGUGUGGGGGCAGUCGAACAACGGAUAGAGCAACGCACAAAACUCCCAGGUCUGGGAUGGAGUCAAACAAGGGAGAAAGGCAGUCGAACAAGGGAUAUAGCAACGCACAAAGCUCUCAGGUCUGGGAGGGAGUUGAGCAACGGACAAAGCGAUGCACUAAGCUCCCAAGGUGUGGGGGCAGUUGAACAACGGAAGCAUAAACGCAAAAACCUCCCAUGUCUAGGCGGUAAUCGAACAACAAACAACGCUCCCAAAAAACUACCAGAUCUCCCCAGACCUGGGAGCUUUGCGCGUCUCUUUGUCUGGUUUUGGGGGGUUAGGCCAGCGCAAAGCUCCAUGUCUGAGGUUCGGAUGACGCACAAAGAAGCUAUCAGGUCUUGUGGGCAAGUCCAAUGGACAACAGACGGCAAAGCUUGAGUCAAUUUUAACAGAAUAUAUGUUUUAGUGUGAAACUGGCAGUUUGAACUUUAUCUUGGUCGCCAACGGAAGCACAUGAAUUAAAUCCUAGUAAAAAGACGGAUUCAUUUAUACGAAGGGUUAUAGAAGGUAAAGAAUAUUGAAAGGUAUUCAAGGCUGAAUAUCUGAAUUAAAAACAUACGACUGACACGGCCGGAAACACGCCGAGCCCACCGGUAGGAUACAUAGUAUUUUGUAUUUUCCAUAGAAGAAUACAUCCAAGGGGACGUUUGGUAUCGACGAUUUUACCACGUACCUUUGCUACUAGAUCCGUUACUGGAAUGGGAUAAGUAGACUCCACUUAAGACACUACUUAGACCCAUUUGAACAGUCCCUGAAGCUAUGUAUGAAAUUCGAUACUCAAAGGGGGGGCUGAGAGAAUUAAAAAAAAUUCUGGUCGCGUAGCAUAUAUUAUGGUAGCAUUUCUGGUCGCUAUCUGGUAGCAAUUAUAGCUACAAUCUAGUAGUGAUUGGUAACUGAUAUUUUUAGUAUUAGUACUCACGUUACUCUUAUCAGUACCGGUUCCCAAUGAGACGAGAGGAGUACGGUACGUACCUUAAAAAUUGUACCGUCCACUUCUCGUAGGAUAUCUUUCCUACCAUAAAAAAAUGAUUAAUAUUUGAUUUCCCUAAACCCCCUACCCCAACUUGCCGUCCGUUGGACUCGAUAUUGCUCAUCACUGAAUACUCUCUUUACGGGGCCAGCAACCUUCAAUUCCCACUAUCACAGUAUUGCCUGGUAGCAUGGCUGGCGUGGUAAAAUUGUUGAUACCGAACGUCCCUGAAUUUGUGUUGCUGCAACGUCCAGUACCGUACAUUCCAACCCAACCAGAUUGAACCAUUCAUAAGGCCUCGUAAAAAAGCAUAUAUGCCUGACAAUUUUGAACAUUUUCCCAAGUGACGGGGGUUACUCUACUGUCAGAGAUACAAAACCACGCUCCUGUGUGGUCUCUGCGAUACGCGACGUAGUGUCCACCGUAAGCGUUUCCUCGGUGUUCAAUCACACUCCGAAGCCUAUAAGGUAAUCUCGCGGUCGAAUUGUUUCUUUUGUUCCAUGGUGGCCUUCGCUCGUUUGUUCGUACAUCUUUCAUGCAUGACCCUGCUGCCCAUGGUGUUAUGGACUUUUGCCCAUAUGCACAGUAUGGACUCAAGUCUAGAAUUAGCGGGAAUUCGACAAACUGAACACACUUUUCCAUUCGAUUCGUAAAUGGAUCAUAGUAGCGACGUUGGACGUGACAACACAGGAUAGACGGGCUUCUUGUUAACAAAAGGCACUUCUUUGCUUCAAAUCGCUGUAUUGAUAUGUUCUCAUCGUGAUCUGAAGAGUCAAAUAAAAUCAUAUUGUCGACUUCUGAUACGAAAGGAGCUAGGGAUGGAUCGACACUAUCGUCAUCUGGAUCCAUUGUCUUGAGUCUGAAAAGUCUCUUCUCGACUUUGAUUAGAUCAUCCCGCAAACACUUGGUCUGCUCGAAAGGUUCUAGUUCACUUGUUCGUUUGUUACUUCCCCCCAUCCUUUUGUUUCUUCUUCUCUCGGUCGUUCCUACCGCUCCUUGAAGCAUCAGUGCUUCUUCUUCUAGAUUGGCAAUUUCUUGUCGAAUCGUACAGGACCGGCAUUCAACAUCUUUGACCCGUUCGACACGUGUAAAAUUCUCGAAGCAAUCUUCCAGCGAGCAAGAAGGGAUGUGUGAGAGAUUGGGAGAAACAGGUUUUGCUGUGGAUCCAUAUGCUUUAGACAGAUAGUUUGGUACGGAAGUUGGCACUAGGGGAAUAUCCAAAAAGGGUGCAUUUUGGAUCGGUCUGACGUGUUUGCAUUUUGAACAUCGAAGGGUAGAACCAAGCCAGCCAGACAACGGAGACGGCGUAAUAGGAGACAUGGUGCUCCUCAUCGCUUUCUUUCCAUACCUGAAAUUCGUUUGUGGGAAAUUCGAGGGUAAUCGAUUACUUGUUCUGCACCACUUCUUUUCACCUUGGGGUUCAUUUUUACUCCUUCGAGACGAGGCCGUAUUAGUUAAUUCACUGCCCAUGAAUUCAUUAAGUUCUUUUUUCUUCUCUUCCAGAUAAUCAUAAUGUUGCUCUGUAAGGAUGUCAAAUGACUUGUUAGCCAUUAUGAGACUUAGAGAAUCGCCGUUGGACUCGUCUACAAACCUGUUUCGUUCGUUUCCAAGCUGAAUAAGAAGAUCAGAAAGCGACAAGAUAGUCGUUUCGUAUCCGUCAUCCGAUACAGCUUCUAAGCGCCCAUCUGAUGGAGAUGCAUCCAACUCAGAAUCAUGGAUGACAACUUCCAUCAAAGAGGCAAAUAGUUCUUGAGCGUCUUGUUGCUCGUGCAUCCCGUCCGUAGAAAAUUGUUUGUUGCUUUUAGCUAUUCGACGCAAGAGGGCCUUGGGCUCUAGUUUCUUCCUUCGUCGUCUUCUUCGUCUCCUGCUCCACAUUCUUUGGCCGAAAAAGGAUUGGAAUCCUGUUGGUGCUAGUUCGUUUCCCCCGUCAAUCAAUAACGUGCCAUUGC